AUGGCAUUAGCCAAGAAAUCGGUUUCUCCACUGAACCGUUGUAAAGGCUGCAAGGGUUGCGAUGACCUUGCCAUUGUCAGAGUCGCGAAGGGAGCAGUCGGUCGGAAAUGGCCGAUUCAACGAUACGAUGGCCUUCGUCUUACGGACAAGCGAUGCUCGACUGACAAUGGUGAAUGGCGUUCAAGUUGUUUGGACGAAUCGUACAUGAAGCGGGAACAGCCAUCGGCGAUAAAUCAUCAUUUACGUCGACCAAAAACGUUGUUUGUUUUGCAGAUUUUGCUUCUGCGUGACUCUUCGUUGCACCCGUCACUCGCCAGCUGA